AUGAAUACUAGUACGGAAAGAAAGAAACGUAGUUAUUUGAAAACAUCGGCAUUAGAAAUCAAUUUGGUAACUGAUUUGUUUGAUCAAGGAAUAGUAGCUCCCAAACAAAUCGCUGAAUCAAUUAUGAGAGGUGGACAUGGCAAUAUCUCAUUUCAUUAUUUAUCAUUAACAACACAAAGUGCUGCGAAACGUGUCAAUGGAAUAUUAACAGCAGCUGCACGAAGUGUUGGACGAACUCGUUUAAAUGAUGCAUUGGCAUCUACACAACAACCAUACGAUACAGAAGAUUAUCUGACUUAUGCCGAUGAAAAUACUUAUUAUGUAUCAUCGGCUGCAGAAGACAGAGAUAUGAAUGUUGAAACAUUACUUCAAUUAAUGAUACAAGAGCGAGGACAACAAAAACCGUGA